CGCGGCGGGGACUUUGAAAGUGCGCGCGUCCCAAACGCAACGGCGGUUACGGCGAGUGUUGGCCUGAGCUGAUCUUGCACUUCCCGGUGCAGCUGUCCAGAGGGAUCUGAGCCAGCUCGGCAGUACUGACCUAGUGCUGCCGGGCACGGCGCGACCUUUGAAAACGCGAUCGCCUGAUCGCUGCAGCGGUUACUGCGAGUGUCGCCGGGAGCUGUGCCUGCACCUUCCGGACUAGGGCCCGGACAGCUUUGAGCUAGCUCAUCACUUUCCCCUUUACACCCGAGGGUGUGACUGCGGACCUAAAGUGCUUGCUACAAUGGAAGGAGUCAAUAAUUUCAAGACACCAAACAAAUUAUCUGAAAAAAGGAAAUCUGUAUUAUGUUCGACUCCAUGUGUAAAUAUCCCGGCCUCUCCAUUUAUGCAGAAGCUUGGCUUCGGGACUGGGGUCAACGUUUACCUAAUGAAAAGAUCUCCACGAGGGUUGUCUCAUUCUCCUUGGGCCGUCAAAAAGAUCAAUCCUUUAUGUAAUGAUCAUUAUCGAACUGUGUAUCAGAAGAGACUGAGUGAUGAAGCUAAGAUUUUAAAAAACCUCAAUCAUCCAAACAUCAUAGGGUAUCGUGCCUUUACUGAAGCCAGUGACGGCAGUCUGUGUCUCGCUAUGGAGUAUGGAGGUGAGAAGUCUCUGAAUGACUUAAUAGAAGAACGCAACAAAGACAGCGGAAGUCCUUUUCCAGCAGCUGUGAUUCUCAGAGUUGCUCUGCACAUGGCGAGAGGGCUAAAGUAUCUGCAUCAAGAAAAGAAGCUGCUUCAUGGAGACAUAAAGUCUUCAAAUGUUGUAAUUAAGGGUGAUUUUGAAACAAUUAAAAUCUGUGAUGUAGGAGUCUCUCUGCCAUUGGAUGAAAAUAUGACUGUGUCUGAUCCUGAGGCCUGUUACAUUGGCACUGAGCCAUGGAAACCCAAAGAAGCAUUGGAGGAAAACGGCAUUAUUACUGACAAGGCAGAUAUGUUUGCUUUUGGUCUUACUCUGUGGGAAAUGAUGACUUUAUGUAUUCCACAUAUCAAUCUUCCAGAUGACGAUGAUGAUGAAGAUACAACCUUUGAUGAGAGUGACUUCGAUGAUGAAGCAUACUAUGCAGCUCUGGGGACCAGGCCAUCUAUCAACAUGGAAGAACUGGAUGAGUCCUACCAGAAGGUCAUUGAACUUUUCUCUGUGUGUACUAAUGAGGAUCCUAAAGAUCGUCCUUCUGCUGCACACAUUGUUGAAGCUUUGGAACUAGAUGUCCAGUGAUGCUGUUUGUGGUGGUCUAAGCAUGAAGCACAGCUUGUAUGUGAACUGUUGACUCAGAUGCAUUUAUUUAGUUACUAUGACCUGCAGUGGCUAGACUCUGGAAGUGGCUUAUUUUAGGACCACUGCACAUAGUUAAUAUUUGCAUAAUUUUCUGAAAUGUUAUUUCUUAUAAGCAUUUAAAGUGGCUUAUUUUAGGAGCACUGUAUAUAGUUAAUAUUUGCAUAAUUUUCUGACAUGUUAUUUCUUACACGCACUUACUGUACUGGAUACUAACUCUUCACGUACCUAGAUGCUGCCCCUACUGAUUUAAAACACUAGUCACCCUGUCUGGAGAGGACUUAGAAUGAGGGACCAUUGCUUUAAUAAAGAUCUUUUCAGAUAUUUCUCUUUAGUGGGUUAAAAAUGUCACUUUAUACAGUACAAAGUUAAUUUGCAUCUGCUCAUAAAGUGUCCACCAUUAGCUGGCCUGUUGGCCCAUGUGCUUAUUAAAUGUUCCCUGGAGCUUGAGAAGAACAUGGUUCAGAAGAGUCGCUCCUACGGUUUUCAGACCCUGGUUACAGCUGUCUUGCAUCUCUUCACAUCUUAGUGUCUAACUUAUUGAAUAUAUUUUUAUGCUAAUAUAUUUUGUUUUUACUGAUUGUAUCCUAAGUCUUUUAAAGUCGUGAUGUAAGAAUAAAUAAUAAAGGACAGUUUUGGUACCAGCCA